AUGACAAUGGGCAAUGCCAAUUUCGUGGUCGCUGUACUGUGGCUGCUCCAACUUCUAGGACACGCUCAUCUGGGAUCGGCUGCAGCCCUAAACGUGAACGCAGAGGUCGAGAGCUGUCUCACGAAAGCAGGUGUGCCGUUCGACGCGCCCGGAACCGCUGACUGGUCACAAGAUGCAGCGCCUUUCAAUCUCCGACUCAACUAUACCCCUGCUGCAAUCGCUGUCCCAACAACAGUAAAGCACAUACAAGACGCGGUCAGCUGCGCAGCCAAGCUGGGUGUGAAGGCAAAUCCGAAAUGCGGCGGCCACAGCUAUGCAUCCUUUGGCCUGGGCGGCGAAGAUGGCCACUUGGUCAUUGAGCUGGACCGGAUGGAUUCGGUUAUCCUUGACAACAGCACAGGUAUUGCAACGGUCCAGGGGGGUGCACGCCUUGGGCACGUUGCCGCGGAGCUGUAUGCUCAAGGCAAACGUGGUUUUAGUCACGGUACAUGUCCGGGUGUUGGUAUUGGCGGCCACGCCCUUCAUGGCGGCUUUGGUGUGAGCUCCCACACACAGGCCCUUGCAUUGGACUUUGUCGUGGGCAUCAAGGUGGUGCUAUCGAAUUCAACAGUAGUGGACUGCUCCGAGACGGAGAACCCCGACCUUUUCUGGGCAUUGCGCGGCGCCGGCGCCUCCUACGGAGUGGUGGCCGAGUUCAAGUUCCGGACAUUCGUGGUGCCUGAAGUAGUUACCUUCUACUCGGCCGCAAUUAACUGGAAGCAAGAGAAGGCGGUCGAUGGUCUCAAGGCGUUCCAGGCAUUUGCCGAGAGUGGCAUGCCUAGUGAGCUGAACUUGCGCAUGUUUAUCACAAAGGAUUUUGCCAACUUCGAGGGUCUGUACUGGGGCAACAAGACUGGUCUCCAGGCGGUUCUUGCACCACUGCUGAACCAGACAGGGGCCAAGCUGGUGCUGGCACAGCAGGGCACAUGGCUGGACCAGUUGGAGCACUUUGGCAAUGGCAUGGAUUUGAACCAGACGCAUCCGUACAAUAUGCACGAAACCUUUUACUCGUCGAGCCUGUACACCAACAAGUUGAGCGACGACCAAGUCGGCGCUUUUGUCAACUACUGGUACGGCACUGGCAAAGCCAUCAAGCGCGACUGGUAUGCUCAAAUUGACGUGCACGGCGGGAAGAACAGCGCUGUUGGUCGAGUGACACCGAACGCCACCUCGUACGCGCACCGUGACUUCCUGCUCAUGACCAACUUUUAUGACCGCGUCGACACGGGUGCGUAUCCGGCUGACGGGUUUUCGUUCCUGGACAACUUCACAUCCAAUAUCACGGGUAGUCUGGAGCCGAACGAAUGGGGCCGGUAUGUCAACUAUCCGGAUCCGCGGCUGAGCCAGGCAGCGGCGCAGAAGAGCUAUUGGAGCACGCACCUCGACCGGCUGCAGCAGCUCAAGGCGGGCGUGGAUCCCCACAACCUGUUCGACUACCCGCAGGGUAUCCUCCCGGCCACAGCCGCAGCUCCAACGUCGGCACCUGCCAAAGCACCGUCGGCGUGA